AUGUCCAGCAAAACAUUUGAUGAACUCGUUCCUCCCGAAAUUUGUUUUCAAAUCUUUACCUUUCUCGAUUUCCGAUACAUGAUGGUUCAAAUACCAAAAGUUUGUUCUUCAUGGAGAAGUGCAAUCAUUACUCGAGUUCACACCAUUCAUAUUUAUCCAAAUGUAGAACAAUAUAUUUUUCAAAAUUCAUUAUUUUGUGAUGAUCAACAGAAUUCUUUGUUCGAUUCAAUAUAUAAUCAUGAUGAUGAAAAGGACAGACAUGAUCUGAAUAUUGAAAAAGAUAUUUUUCCAUUUAUAUCCUAUUUAACAAAAUUCAUUUCAAAUCAUUCGAUGAAAAUUUCACAUUUAUUCAUUCAUGGAGAUUUGAAACAAUCAUUAUUAUUGUACAUCAAUUCGAAUCUUCUCUAUCCAUCUCUACAAAAUGGUAAUGAAUUUAAAUCUCGCACUCAACAAGAAUCUGACAGGUUGUUGCACUUACUUAACGAAUAUGGAGAUUAUUUCCAAAAUUGGAAUACAUGGCCACUUUUUAACAUGUAUUCGAAUAUGGAUGGAACAGUUCCUAGUGCCAUGAUGAGAUUAUGUGAUUGUACCAUGAGUGCCAUCCUUGAACUAUUGAAAACUGUUUCGCAUUCCUUGAAAACUUUGGUUGUAAAAAACGUUCAAGGAAAUCACCAUUUUGUAUCUCAGAUCCAACAAUGUCCUCAGUUGAAAAUUCUCGUUUUGGAAGAUGUGUCUCGAUUGUAUCAUUUGCAUGUAUCAGGAUUAAGAUUUGUCUAUUGCAAUGAGAAUUUUUAUUCGACUCUUAGUAACAAUGGAAAUUUACAAACUCCAGAAUAUUUUCAUGUCAAUUCCAAUCUUGUGGAAAUUUUUGACACUUGUCGACAUGUUUCUUUUCGUGCGAAUAGCAUGUCAUUGAUCAAGCUUGAGAGUUUUCUCAAGCAACAUUCAAAUUGCAUUGAAUCCGCAAAAAUUGGAAUUUGUAAGAAUGAAUAUGGAAUGCAAGAUUCCAUCACCAUGAACCAACUCACAAAAAUUGCAGAAAAAUUAAUGCAGUGUAUUUGCUUAAUGCCACAAUUACGACGUCUCGAUUUAUCAUUGGAUAUGGUUUUCGAUAUUUGCAUGUCACACUCGAUCGGUAGCGGUGGCGAAGAAAUUUUCACAAUUACCAAAGAUAUGGAUUUGACCUCUCUUCAAUCCAUAAAAGAAUUAAGAUUGGAUGGUAUUUCAUUUCUAGGCACUGGAUUUGGUGUGUUUUUGGAAAAGAUGAUUCAUUUGGAAUCAUUGACAUGCAAUUUAUUUAGCGAGUGGGAUGGAGAUUUGAUUCUUCAUCUCUUGGAAAAUCAUUUAAAAAACUUGAAAUGCUUGGAAUUGACCAUUUCAAAUCAUUCAUGUUAUCCAAGUUUGAAUUACAAGCUUUUGAAAUAUUUAUCUCAAUUUCUAGUGAAUCGCCAUAAUUCUUCUGAACCCUACAACACAUUGACUCACAUUUUCAUUAAGAAUUUAAAUGCUCAAGACGACUCUAAACAUUUGACGGAUAUGCUCAAUGAUUUGUAUAACCAUUAUGAACAGAAUCAGCAAUGGGAACCAUCCAUUCAGACUCUGUCAACACCUCGUCUUCAUUUAGGUUUUCAAUUUCAAAAAAAACCUUUACAAGCGGUAUUGCAAGGAAUCAUUUCGAAAUUUUCACAAUCAACGACAAUUAAGAUUCACUUGAUGGAGAGUGAUAAUGCGAUCGAUGCUGAACCAUUCAUUCCAUUCGAUAUCGAGUAUUCACUUUCAAGAUAUUCGUUUGAACAUUCAACUCCAAUCGAACAAUUGAUUGAGAAACGAAACAAAUUCAAACAACUUAUUGCAUCUUCGAAAAUUUCAUGUUUGGAAUGUGGCAUGACAUUGAAUCGAAAGUUCUAUGAAGAGCAUUGUCAGAAAUUUCAUUACUCUCGAGAUUUGAAUCACAACUCAUGGUCACUCACACAGAAUUUGGAUUUGCAGACGUAUGAAAUUCAAUGUCCAUCUUGUCACAUGGAUAUGCAACGAUGUGACUUCGAGGAACAUGUGGAAAAGGUGUGCCCUCGAACUCGAGUCAAAUUACCUUUCCAGGUCGAACGUCAAGCACUGACAUCCAUCUUGUUGCUUGAAGAUUAA